ACAGUGAAGCGUUGUAAUGGCGUCUCGGAGCUGGACCAGUUCUUCCUGAAAGGGAAGCUGGAGGACGGAGACGGUCACCCGGCAACCAUCGCCGAGUACCUGCAGCGCAGCGACACCGCCAUCAUUUACCCAGAAGCCCCGGAGGAGCUGACGCGUCUCGGCACGCCAGAGACCACCGGACAGGAAGAGAGCGAACACGAGCUGCUGUCCGGCGCCACUGACGACUUCUCGGCGCUGCUCACGUGCCCGUACUGCGAGCGUGGCUACAAGCGCCUGGCGUCUCUGAAGGAACACAUCAGAUACCGCCAUGACAAGAUCAGAGACACAUUCAGCCUGGAGACACACACAGCCCCCCCACAGCAGCCGCCGCCACAGCCAGCGCUGCUCAACGAAGGAUCUGGAAACCGCAAGUUCAAAUGCAGCGAGUGUGGAAAAGCUUUCAAGUACAAGCAUCACCUGAAGGAGCAUCUGCGUAUUCACAGCGGCGAGAAGCCCUACGAGUGCUCCAACUGUAAGAAGCGUUUCUCCCACUCCGGCUCCUACAGCUCGCACAUCAGCAGCAAGAAAUGCAUCGGCCCGAUCGCCGUCAACGGGCGAGCGUGCAACAGAAACCACGGCAACAAGCCCGGCCACUCCCCCAACUCCACCACUUCGUCGCCCGGAAGCCCCGCAGCUCUCGCUCAGCUCCGCCACAAACUGGAGAACGGGCGCCAGCAGCCGGCGCUCGGCGCCCCGGAGCCGCCGGACAUCAAAGCCGAGCCGAUGGACUUCGGCGAGUACCGGCUGCUGGCGCCGUCUCAGCGCGGCUUCGGGGGGCCCGUCUACAUCAACGGGCGCGGAGGAAGCCCGCUGCAGCACCUGGCGGCCAUCGGGCUGGACCUGCCGCACUUCUCUGGAUCUCUGGGGAGCAACCUGAGCGAGGUGCAGAGGGUGCUGCAGGUCGUGGACUACACCGCGUGCCGGCAGCAGCCGGACGGGCGCCCGGAGGAGAUCUCGAAGCUCCGGGCGUACAUGAAGGAGCUCGGCGCGCAGAUGGAGGAGCAGCGCCGGGGCUUCCGCGGCGGCGGCUGUGGCGCCACGAAGAGCAUCAUCGACUACACGCUGGAGAAGGUCAACGAGGCCAAGAGCCUCAUCGACGACUCCAAGAGGCCAGCGGACGCCAGGACGGAGAAGCCGAACCACUGCGGCGACUCGGAGGAGAGAUAUCCGGACGGGCAGAACCACUUCCUGGCGUUCUCCUGCCAGUUCUGCAAGGAGGCGUUUGCCGGGCCGAUCCCGCUGCACCAGCACGAGCGCUACAUGUGCAAAAUGAACGAGGAGAUCAAAGCGGCGCUGCAGCCGGCGGAGGGCGGUCCCGCGAGGAUAGCCUCGGGGGCGCCCGGCAUCGAGCGCGCCACCAGCCCCGGCAACCCCUUCAAGGACCACGUGUCUGUUCUCAAGGCGUACUUCGCCAUGAACACCGAGCCCAACGCAGAGGAACUGCUCAAGAUCUCUCUCGCGGUAGGCCUUCCGCAAGAGUUCGUCAAGGAGUGGUUCGCUCAGUGGAAGAACCAGAACCAGAACCAGAACCAGAACCAGAACCAGAACAUCCACAGUGGCGCUUCGAGGAAAAGAUCCCCACCUCCUGACAGCUUCAGCCGCUCGCAGAGGUCCUUCCCUGGCGUGGAUUCCCACCUCGCUAACGGCGAGGCCUCCCACAGAAUCUCGAAGGCCAACAGUCAGACAAGCGGGGACAGACCACUCGAUAACUUGGACCACUUGCGGAGCGACACUCCUUCGCCGCUCAACCUUUCGUCUACUUCCUCCAAAAACUCUCAGAGCAGCUUGUACACUCCGAACAGCGUGGCGUCGGAGGAGGCCCACGGAGAUAUACCACUGGAUCUGUCGCUGCCCAAACACAUCAUGGCGCAGAGGCUCCUGAAGCAACCCAGAGCCAACGGCUUCAUCAACGGCGAGGCGCUGCAUCUCGCCAACAUCAAGAAGGAAGUCCACGGCUCGGACGCCGGAGGGAACUCCGUGCACCAUCUGGAGAAAAGCCCCAGUCCUAACUUUGGGAUUAAUCCCUUCUACACAUCUCUGCCUCCCCAUGGAGCGUUUCCUCCGCCCACUUUCAUGUCUCCGGCGCAGGCCUCCAUCCCGGGCCUCAGGCCAUACCCGGGCCUCGACCCCAUGACCUUCCUGCCCCACAUGGCCUACACCUACGCCACCGGGGCCGCCACAUUCGCCGAGAUGCAGCAGCGGAGAAAGUACCAGCGGAAACCAGGUUUCCAGUCCCACAGUCCAUCCAGUCUCAUCCAUCCCACCAUCCAGCAUCCAGUCCCAUCCAGUCUCAUCCAGUCCAUCCAGUCCCAUCCAGUCUCAUCCAGUCUCAUCCAGCUCAUCCAGUCCUGCCCAAUAGUCUCAUCCAGUCUCACCAGUCCUUGCCCAGUCUCAUCCAGUCUCAUCCAGUCCCAUCCAGUCUCAUGCAGUCCCAUCCAGUCCCAUCCAGUCUCAUCCAGUCUCAUCCAGUCCCAUCCAGUCUCAUCCAGUCCCAUCCAGUCCACCCAGUCUCAUCCAGUCCCGUCCAGUCUCAUCCAGUCUCAUCCAGUCCCAUCCAGUCUCAUGCAGUCCCAUCCAGUCCCAUCCAGUCUCAUCCAGUCUCAUCCAGUCCCAUCCAGUCCCAUCCAGUCCCAUCCAGUCUCAUCCAGUCUCAUCCAGUCCCAUCCAGUCUCAUCCAGUCCCAUCCAGUCUCAUCCAGUCUCAUCCAGUCCCGUCCAGUCUCAUCCAGUCCCAUCCAGUCCCAUCCAGUCUCAUCCAGUCCCAUCCAGUCCCAUCCAGUCUCAUCCAGUCUCAUCCAGUCUCAUCCAGUCCCAUCCAGUCUCAUCCAGUCCCAUCCAGUCUCAUCCAGUCUCAUCCAGUCUCAUCCAGUCUCAUCCAGUCCCAUCCAGUCCCAUCCAGUCUCAUGCAGUCCCAUCCAGUCUCAUCCAGUCUCAUCCAGUCCCAUCCAGUCUCAUCCAGUCUCACCCAGUCUCAUCCAGUCUCACCCAGUCCCAUCCAGUCUCACCCAGUCUCAUCCAGUCCCAUCCAGUCUCAUCCAGUCCCAUCCAGUCUCAUCCAGUCCCAUCCAGUCCCAUCCAGUCUCACCCAGUCUCAUCCAGUCUCAUCCAGUCCCAUCCAGUCUCAUCCAGUCUCAUCCAGUCUCAUCCAGUCUCAUCCAGUCUCAUCCAGUCCCAUCCAGUCUCAUCCAGUCUCAUCCAGUCUCAUCCAGUCCCAUCCAGUCCCAUCCAGUCUCAUCCAGUCUCAUCCAGUCUCAUCCAGUCUCACCCAGUCUCAUCCAGUCCCAUCCAGUCUCAGUUUGGUCCCAGUUUGGCGCACAACUAG